AUGCGUCACACGCUAGCUGCUAAGGUCGUUUUCAGCCAUGCUCAACACCGUGGCCUUAGCUGUAGACAAUGCUCGCGUAACAAUGGGAACAUCGUUACACUGAUACAGCACGGCAACUCUGGCGUCCCAGUUACAGAAGUGCUGGUAGAGAGUAAUAUACUGAGGAACUGGAGAAUACACAUGACUCGCAGGGUCUCACACUUCAACAGAAUUCGGAAAAACUCUAAGAUAGCCGUCAAGAUUGAAAUCUACGGAAGCGUGACAAAAGGCAUCCACAAAGGGGUAAUUGGUUGGUUGAUCCUCGAAUACCAUAUGUCGAGUCUGCCUUUCCAGUUUAACUGGUCUUCACCCACCUUUCGAACACACCUUUUAGCGUCCCCACACGCACAAACACACAGGGAGAAACUCGAGUGA